AUGAAGAUUACUCCUCCAUCAAUCACCCUGUUCUUGAGCCUUUUGGUGCCAGCGAUAGCUUUCUCAGAAUUCGACUGUGACGGAGAAAUCAUUCCUAUGCACCUUAUCAGAGAUGCCAUAAAUACUGAUAUUCGUAAAAAUAACGACCGUAGCAGUUAUUUGCAAGAUGAUGGCCUCGAGACUAGGAAGGUGAGAAUCAGUUAUUCGCGUGAGAACGAUCCAGCCUGGGGAUCCUGGGUCGAAUAUGGUAGCGAGGGAGAAGUUUUAAUAGUAUACUCUUCGUAUGGGGAAUGCACGGGGCAAUGA